CACAAGGCCGCGCGGCGGGGCCUCGUAUUUCUCUUCCCGCCAUCUUGGCACUUGUGGAGGCUAGAGAAGCGCCUGCUGCUGAAAUUUGGAGGUAAAUGACUGGAGUGAGUUUGUUCGUCUACCCUAGCGAGUUGCCGGCCUGCUGGGAACAGGACUUACAGAAGGAGCUAUGUCUGGAAGGCUGUGGUCCAAGGCUAUUUUUGCCGGCUAUAAGCGGGGUCUCCGGAACCAAAGGGAGCACACAGCUCUUCUUAAAAUCGAAGGUGUUUAUGCCCGAGAUGAAACAGAAUUCUAUUUGGGCAAGAGAUGUGCUUAUGUAUACAAAGCAAAGAACAACACAGUGACUCCUGGUGGCAAACCAAACAAAACCAGAGUGAUCUGGGGAAAGGUAACUCGGGCUCAUGGAAACAGCGGCAUGGUUCGUGCCAAGUUCCGAAGCAACCUUCCUGCUAAGGCCAUUGGACACAGAAUCCGAGUGAUGCUGUACCCCUCAAGGAUUUAAACUAAUGAAAAGUCAAUAAAUAAAUGUGGAUUUCUGCUCUUGUAUUUUUGUUAAGUGGAUUAAAAAACUUAACUAUGUUAAA